AAAACUUGAUGGGUAUUAUCGAAAAUUAAUUAGUGAUUUUAGAUUUUUUGCCGACAGGUAUAGAUUUUUCAAUGAUGGGCAUGGAUUGCCUAAUGGGUAUCAGAAUCAAUUAGUGAUUUUACUAUUAGAUUUGGAAAUUUUAUUGAUGGACAUGGAUUGA